AUGCUGACUUCUGCUGUCACUGAGAACUUUGGGAAGCUCACCCUCCUGCGAUUCCUUAUUGCCGUCAUUGUCACGGGCGCCCAGGCCAAGAAGGCGGAGGACGCCGAACCCAAGAAGCCCCCUGCCAAGGCCAUAGAGGUGCUGAGUGAUAGCGAGUCGUGCGGUGACGACGAUGAUGAUGAUGGCCCCCCAACCUUUGAGUGGACCACAAUCAUCAAAAAGUCUUUGGUUGCCUCCACUCCAAAGCCUGUGGAGGAGACGAAAACCUCGCUCCUCACUGCACCCACGUCUCCCGAGGACGACGAUGCCUGGAUCGACAGGCUAGCAAAGAUGGACCUCACCAACGACAGUCCAAGCCCUCUAUUUGUCAUGAUCUUACCAGCCGAGGAAGAUGGAUCGACAUCCACGCCAAACAUGUUCGGGACGUGGACGAUGGCCUAUCCGUAA